CGGAAAUUAGAAAAUGUAACCUUCAUUUACAUGGAUUGUCGAUUGGUUUGUCUUUCACAUGAGAAGUGGCAGAUAAGGCAUUUCCAGGUUACGAAAACGGCAAUCGCUGCUAUAAUCGGAGGAAAAUCUGUUUUUAUUUAUACUCGAACUAAAAAAAGAACUCAAGUUUUAUUUUAAAAAGAAGAAAACAACAUGAUUUUAGAUCAGUUGAACAGAUAGGCCUAACCUGAAUGGAAAAUGCCAUUAAGGGGACUUUGGUGUUGUUGGAAUGUCACUUAAAAGCCCUAUCAUGGAUAGUUUCUUUGUUUUUGAUGCAGAAUUGUCUGCACUUGGAGCAGAUAAACAAGAUGAACUCCUCUUGACAGCUGAAGUAGAUGAAGAUGAAUAUGAUGCUUUGAAUGAUGAAACCUUUGGAGAUGUUGCAGAUGGGGAUGACUGGGAAGAAAAUCAUGAAAAAUUGGCCAAGCUUGAUAUGAAAUUGUUAGAUAAUGAUGAGAAUGAUGAUUAUAAUGGAGAAGAUCCACAUUCUGUUGUGGAGAAGAGUAUCUCUCAGUUGGGCCUGGAUGAUUUAGAUGACCCUGCUAUAAUGACAUGUGGCCGUCCUCAGAUUAAGGUAAUACUUCAGUCUGUUGUGGAGAAGAGUAUCUCUCAGUUGGGCCUGGAUGAUUUAGAUGACCCUGCUAUAAUGACAUGUGGCCGUCCUCAGAUUAAGGAAACCUCAUUUAAUGAAGUUCCAUUUUCUCCCUUCAUCUCCAAUGUUCAUAGAUUAGAGGAUUUAGAGAGAGAUUUUCUUAAUAACAAAAAUGAAACUCAUAAAAUUACAUCAAUUAACAAUAUUCAGUCAAUAUUUAAUCAGCAAAAUAAAACACAGGGUAAUAUUGUUGAUUCUAUUGCACAUAAUUGGGCAUUUACAAAUAAUGAUUCUCUGGAAGACAGAAAGGAGAAUUGGUCAUAUUCAUCAUCGUUACCCAUAAAUUAUGUUAGAACUGUGGAUGAAGUAGAAAAGAGUAUUUUUUCAAAGCCAAGAGCCCAAACCAUUGACUUAGAAUCACAUUUAUACAGAAAUAAUCAAGGGAGUCCACCAAGCAAGAGAUCAAUUCAACCUCCUAUUGGAACACCACCACAGGGAUCUAAUAUAAUUCCACCUAAAGGUUUGCAUAAACCAUCAAAUUUACAAUAUGUUGCACCAACACCACCUGUACUUCCACCACCAGGACUUGGAUCUCAACUUCAACGGUUUGCUUCACCUACAUUACUCUGUCAGCCUCCUAUGGUGAAACCAUUUCUACCAUUUCCUCAGUCAGGAUUUUUAGGACGUCUUGGAAAAAAUCCUCCUCCCAUAAGAAUACCAUUUGGUCCAUGUAACUUUCCUAUUGUAAAUGAAAAUUCUGUUGAUACAAAUAUGAAUCAAAAAAUUCUGUUAGACAAUUUUAAACAUCCUCAUUACUACUCUGCUUUAAAUUGGGCAAUAAGACAGCAAAAUGAGCAAAGUGGAAAACACUAUCAAAAUGAUACAGAUGAUAGCUAUGAUGGUCUAAUGAGUACUCAAGAAAAACAUUGGUUGAUAAAAAUUCAAAUGCGGCAGCUGCAAUCAGAUAAUCCCUAUCUUGAUGACUAUUAUUACACAACCUUCAUAUCUCGAAAGAAAGUUAAGGAAAAGGAAAAUGGGUUGAAGUCAGUUAGUAAACCUAAGGUUUUACUUCCUGAGAGAACAAAACAUGAAAGUAGAACUUAUGUGCCAACACAGUUUGAAGGCUCCUUAGGCAAGCUACAAGUUGCUAGUGUUAAUAAUCCUAGAAAAAUUCUUGAUCUGGAUGUCUGCAGGCUAGGAGAUGAUGAUGAUAAAACAGGAAGCAGUCAUCGAUUUAGAUAUCUGCUGCUUAGUAUUGAAAAAUUAUAUUCAGUAUUUUUGGAGAUAGAAGAUGAAGACAAACACAUAUUAGCUCUUCCUGAGCAAGCUCAAAUACCACAUCAGAAAACUCGUCAGGAAUUGAUUGAUAAGUUAUUUUCUGGCUUUGUAAAAAAUAAUGGUAAUAGUCCAGAUGAUAACUUUAUAUAUCUUCUAUCUGUACGAAAAGGUAGAAAUCUAGCCAUGAGGUCACUUCCCUUUUUUGAUACUUCUAAGCAAGUGACCUUACUAGAGUUAUUGUGCCGGGGUUUAAGUAUGAUAUUACGGAAAGAUCAAAAUGAUUUGGUAUUACUGCAGCAUUGUAACACUGUUUUAGAAAUAAUUGACAAAUUGGAUUUGGAAGAUAUUGUUACUUUAACAGAAGCAAUACAAAAUGUUAAUGGAACACAAAUUAAAGAGAAAAGUAAUUAUUCAAUAGCAUUUCAGACUAAAUUUGGUACAGAUGUUAUUGCUAAUUUAUUAAAGAAAGGUGAACAUCAUUUUAAAAAAAUAGAAUGCAACAAUGAAUUAUACAAUAGAUGGGAAUCUGUAAUGGUUCAUAUUGUAGAUAUUUUAUAUGUCUUACCAGAGAGCGUUAUAGAUAUGCAAUCAAAUAUUGAAGAAAUUGUGUCUUUACUAGGAAGAUACUGUGUUAACAAAACAAAGCUGGAGGUUAUUCUUAAAAGAUUGGACAAUGAUUGGACAAAUUGAAAUAUAAGGAGGACUGUAAUUAUUCUGAUAAUGUAAAUAGAAGGGGAGAGGAAAUAAGUGUAUAGAUCUUGCAUAUAUGUGCAAUUUGGGGAACUAUCUAUUGCUGAAUGAAAUGUUAUAACCACUAAGUUCUAAAAAAGGCCAACAUUUGCUUCAGUGCCUCUUUUUAGAUAAAAUUUUUUGUUGAUAAUUGGUAAACCUUACUUUUUGCAUUUUUACAUGUAAAGAAGAGUUAGAAAAUUGUGUGACUAUACAUUGUUUUUCCCCCUUUUUUUUUUUUUUUUUUUUUAAGAAAAUUAACAUAUUUAUAUAUUUUAGAUUUAUAUAGUAGGUCCCACAAUUUUUAAUCAGUGGUUAAAAAUUCCUACUUGAAUAAUACUUAUAAUUAUAAAAUAUUUAAUUUGCAGUUAAUUUCAUAAAUCUGUGAUCAUGUUCAAAUUUUUUCCCAAUGUGAAUAAAGUACAUUGAUGUUUUUGUAUCA